CAUUACUGCACCACAUUACUGUACCACAUUACUGUAUCACAGAGCUGUACCACAUUACUACACCACAUUACUGUACCACAUUACUGUAUCACAGAGCUGUACCACAGAGCUGUACCACAUUACUGUACCACAUUACUGCACCACAUUACUACACCACAUUACUGUACCACAUUACUGUAUCACAGAGCUGUACCACAGACCUGUACCACAUUACUGCACCACAUUACUACACCACAUUACUGUACCACAUUACUGUAUCACAGAGCUGUACCACAGAGCUGUACCACAGACCUGUACCACAUUACUGUACUGUAUUACUGCACCACAUUACUGUACCACAGAGCUGUACCACAUUACUGCACCACAUUACUGUACCACAUUACUGUACCACAGAGCUGUACCACAGAGCUGUACCACAUUACUGUACCACAUUACUGUAUCACAGAGCUGUACCACAGAGCUGUACCACAUUACUGUACCACAUUACUGUACCACAUUACUGUACCACAGAGCUGUACCACAUUACUGUAUCACAGAGCUGUACCACAUUACUGUAUCACAGAGCUGUACCACAUUACUGUACCACAUUACUGUACCACAUUACUGUAUCACAGAGCUGUACCACAUUACUGUAUCACAGAGCUGUACCACAUUACUGUAUCACAGAGCUGUACCACAUUACUGUAUCACAGAGCUGUACCACAUUACUGUACCACAUGACUGUACCACAUUACUGUACCACAUUACUGUAUCACAGAGCUGUACCACAUUACUGUAUCACAGAGCUGUACCACAGAGCUGUACCACAUUAUUGUACCACAUGACUGUAUCACAUUACUGUACCACAGAGCUGUACCACAUUACUGUACCACAGAGCUGUACCACAUUACUGUACCACAGAGCUGUACCACAGAGUAACAUUCUGUACAUAUAGUACAUGGCACCAAUCGUCAUUCACCAACUGGUGCCCAGCCCACAUGGCCUUAUAGGACACUAUAUCAAGUAUCAAAACACUACAUUAAACAAAUGUAAUGCCUUUAACAAUUAAAUGUGUAAUUAGCAAACACAUGUUCAAAUACACAAAGGUACACAUACUGUACAAAUACAUAAAGGUACACAUACUGCUCAAAUACAUAAAGGUACACAUACUGUUCAAAUACAUAAAGGUACACAUACUGCUCAAAUACAUAAAGGUACACAUACUGUUCAAAUACAUAAAGGUACACAUACUGUACAAAUACAUAAAGGUACACAUACUGCUCAAAUACAUAAAGGUACACAUACUGUUCAAAUACAUAAAGGUACACAUACUGGUCAAAUACAUAAAGGUACACAUACUGUACAAAUACAUAACGGUACACAUACUGCUCAAAUACAUAAAGGUACACAUACUGUACAAAUACAUAAAGGUACACAUACUGCUCAAAUACAUAAAGGUACACAUACUGUACAAAUACAUAAAGGUACACAUACUGCUCAAAUACAUAAAGGUACACAUACUGUACAAAUACAUAAAGGUACACAUACUGUACAAAUACAUAAAGGUACACAUACUGUACAAAUACAUAAAGGUACACAUACUGUACAAAUACAUAAAGGUACACAUACUGUACAAAUACAUAAAGGUACACAUACUGUACAAAUACAUAAAGGUACACAUACUGUACAAAUACAUAAAGGUACACAUACUGUACAAAUACAUAAAGGUACACAUACUGUUCAAAUACAUAAAGGUACACAUACUGCUCAAAUACAUAAAGGUACACAUACUGUACAAAUACAUAAAGGUACACAUACUGUACAAAUACAUAAAGGUACACAUACUGUACAAAUACAUAAAGGUACACAUACUGUUCUAUGUAGGUCAUCUAUAUAGCUGCUGUGGGAUCUUGAUUAAAGGCUCAAUUCAAUCAAACAGGUCAGGAAACACUCGGCUGAUUCCAGAUUUAACGGCCAUUUCAAAGGGGGAGCAAUUUCCCCACUUCCACCCGACCACCUGCAUACUGCACUGGAACCUUUGA